GAUUCUAAUAAAAUUUCCCAAUGCAAUGUCAAAAUUUUAGGUUAUAAUCAUACAAAAUCAAAAUAAAUUAAUUUCACAAGGUACGAAAAUAAUUAAGUGAAAAUGAGAAGGUUGCCGAGCAAAACGAACAGUAUUUUGGACACUUUACACAAAGGUUUUGUGUGCACUUGCAUUGCAGUAACAGCAUAUGGAUUUGCAGUUCUGGGUAACCGAUACUAUUGUUAUUUGACCCAAACCAAACCAAUUCUGGAUACCCAAAAACAAAAGGAAAAAGAAAUCUUAUUAGCUGAAGGUUCAUCAGAUCAUUUAUUGGACACAGCGAAAACGAUAAAAUUGUAAAAAAAAAUAUUUUUAUAGGUUAUGUUAGUUUGUAUUAGCAAAUAAAAUGUUUUAAAUCUC